GGAAAAGGCUUAUUUGCCACUAGGAAUAUCCAUAAAGGGGAAACGAUCUUCGUGGAGAAGCCUGUGGUGUCAUCCCAGUUCCUCUGGAACGCGCUGUACAGGUAUAAAGCCUGCGACCACUGCCUGCGGGCCUUGGAGACGGCAGAAGAGAACGCGCAGAGGCUUCUGGGGAAAAGCUGUCGGAUCCUGCCUCACCCAGAGCAGUGCAGCAUCCGGAAGGAUUUGCAUCAGCACUGCCCCCUUUGCCAGGUUGCGUAUUGCAGUGCUGAAUGCAGGCAGUCUGCCUUUGAGCAAUACCACCAGGUGCUGUGCCUGGGCCCCUCCCGAGAGGACCCCAAACAUCCCCUCAACAAACUGCAGGACGCCUGGAGAAACAUCCAUUACCCACCGGAGACUUCCAGCAUCAUGCUGCUGGCGAGGAUGGUAGCCACCGUCAAACAGGCGAAGGACAAGGACUGGUGGAUAAAGCUUUUCUCUCAGUUCUGCAGCAAAACGGCCAACGAAGAAGAGGAGAUCGUCCACAAGCUGCUGGGGGACAAAUUUAAGGGCCAGCUAGAGCUCCUCCGGCGGCUCUUCACGGAAGCCCUUUACGAAGAACAUCUCAGCAGGUGGUUUACUCCAGAAGGGUUCCGAUCGCUGUUUGCCCUGGUUGGGACCAAUGGCCAAGGCAUAGGAACAAGUUCCCUGAGCCAGUGGGUCCAUGCCUGCGAUGCGUUAGAGCUUCCCCCGCACGAGCGAGAGCAGCUAGACGCCUUCAUAGACCAACUCUAUAAGGAUAUCGAGAAAGAGACCGGAGAGUUCUUGAACUGCGAGGGAUCUGGCCUGUACGUGCUCCAGAGCUGCUGUAACCACAGCUGCAUCCCCAACGCUGAGACGUCCUUCCCGGAUAACAACUUCCUCCUGCACCUCGUCGCCCUGGAGGAGAUCAAGCCGGGCGAGGAAAUCUGCAUUAGCUAUUUAGACUGCUGCCAGCGGGAGCGGAGCAGACACAGCCGCCACAAGAUACUCAGGGAACACUACCUGUUCACCUGCUCCUGCCCCAAGUGCCUGGCUCAAGCCGACGACGCCAACCUGACUUCGGAGGAGGAGGAGGAGCUGGAGGGCGAAGGAGAGACGGACGACGCGGAGCUGGAGGAUGAGAUGACGGACGUUUGAUCCGGGCCUGGGGAUGGGGUUCGGCUUUGUACCGGAGACGGGACCGCGGGGAGGGACUGUGCCUGUGUCAGCCAGGGCUGGCGCGGCGGCAGGGAGAGAGCAUGUUAAGGUUUGGCUACGUUGGGCAGUGGAGGAAGCGGGGAUCUUCCCUGCUCCUCACCAUCCUUCUGGGGGAGUGUGUCUGUGGUCCCGGGGUCCCCUCUCUCUAGGUAAUGGCUCCACUUGUCCCAACCACUCAGAUAUCCGUCCACACAGACAUCGCCUUGGUCUUGUUUGUAUCUGAUCCUGCACACAGAGCAAUACACCGGGGGGGAGGGGAGACGACGCAUGCAGGGAAAGUCCCCGGCUCGUCUGAGCACAGCGCAUAAACCUUAAUGUUACCCUUGUUCCUGACGCUGGGCGAACAACCAGCUACGUCGGGGCUUCCUCUGAUGUCAAUAUCUAAGUGAUCUGAGAACUUGGAGAGCGGAGACUGGGGGAUUUGGGCGUGUGACUUCCUUGGGGCUGUGGAGGGGGGAGAACAGAGGUUUAACCCGGUGGAGAGAGCGGCUGUGCAAAGAGAUUGUAGUCUCAUGGACUUGGCAGAAGACUGGGAGCCAGGACUCCUGGGUUCUAGUCCCUGCUCUGUCGCUGACUUGUGGUGUGAGCAAGUCACUUACUCUGGGCUGCCUGGGGACCAAACAGGACGCUCGCCAUCCACAUCUGAUCUUCUCCCCAUGAGCAGUGAGGCUGGAGUGGGAGGAAGGUCACCCACCAGCUGUGUUGGCCUGCUCUUUAGAGCCACGUUCCCCACCCCACUCUUUAUCUCCUCACUCCAGUAAUGGGGCCAGGAGAGGGGGCACCCCACAUCCUGAUCUCCCACCCCACUACCCCAUCAGUGAGAGGGUUGGGACAAACUCAGUGCCAAGCCAGAGUCUUUCCCCUGUCCAGAAGUGGGAUCCUAUUCCUGGCCUCGUUUCUUCCACCGCCUCUCCCAGUCCUCCUGCAGCUGGUGGGCCUUAGCCGUUCUGAUCAAGAUGCAGCAUGGCAUGCUGGGAGUGGUUGUCUCUUCAGUCCACCCCACCCAUUAAAGAGUAAGAGAGAUGCAGUCUUCUCCAUUGCCGAUGAGGCGUGAGCUGUGAGGCUCUGGUAUGUUGCCUAGCCCUGGGUGCUGCUAUGUCCCUCUACGAAGGCUGAUUUUUCACACUUUCCUUAGGACCUCUUGUGGAGCGGGGGAGCCUGGGGUCUGUGACUGGAAAACAGUGGAGCACCUCGCUUCUUAAACCUGUCUGUCUUGACUGUCUUAGGGCCCAUUUGACGUACGCGGGGAGUCUUCCCGUUUCGAGUUUCACUGGGAAUUUGACAGGGUCGUUUCGUUAGCUUUGAAAUAUGACUGUUGAACAUAUCUUAGCCUCGUGACAGCACGUUUUGAGGGCUUUUAUAUUCUGUGUGCCUGGAGCUGGGAGACUGACCUAGAAACUUGGUGCCUGCAGAUCACAGGCCAAAUCCUACACGGGUGUCAAUCUGGAAUAGCUUCACUGUCUUCCUCCGAGUUACUCCAAGUUCACCCCGGUGUCGCUGAGAUCAGCCCUUAAGCCCACACUGCACAAGCAGUUGUGCUUUGAUUUUUGGUCUUGCUUGAAACAAUACAGCAAUAGGUUUGUUUGACAAUGGUGCUAAUGCCUGCGGUGAUCGAAUUGCAGUGAAUUAAGGGAGUAGGCUGGUAUGGAGUAGACCGACUGUUAAACCGUGGCCUACAAUGGCUCCAGAACGUUGCUUGAGCAAAGCAGUCUUCCAAAAACCCAAAUGGUGCAAGGAUCUCGAACAAGAUCCCAAGCAAAAUGUUACAUUUCAGAGCAAGGAAUUGUGGUUGAGCAAAGAACCGCUAAACGAAGUGAUCGGGCUAGAUGUGAAUUUAAGUGACAACAGUAUCAAGAUGAAAAUGAUUUGCAGAAAAGCCCUAUCUGUGUCUCAUGAGGUGUUUAAAAAAAACCACCACCUAAAAAGGGAGAUUUAAAAACAACCCCCAAAGCCUUUUCUCCAUUUACGCUGCUUCCUUUUUGCAGGCCAGCUUGAGCGGUGAAACUAUAUUGGUCAGUUUCACUUCUUGGUUCUCAUGCCCUAGCGCCAUUCCCUGGCAUGUGGGUUUCCUGUGCAUUGCUUCCGCUCUAAAUAAUCCCUCCUCUUAAAUGUACACACCCUACCUGAAUAGAGAGCCUAAAAUACGGUGCGCUAGUUUACAGGCCAGUGUCCUGAAGAACCAGAGCUCCGCUGCCAAGCCUGCCUUGGAUAUUUGGUUGGCCAACCUUGAGUUUUAAAGUUGCCAACAUCCAUCUUCCUCCAACGGUAGCGUCCCUCCUAAGACUGUAAGUUAACGCUCUUCAGUUCAUAGAAUAUCAGGGUUGGAAGGGACGUCAGGAGGUCAUCUAGUCCAACCCCCUGCUCAAAGCAGGACCAAUCCCCAGAUUUUUACCCCAGUUCCCUAAAUGGCCCCCCUCAAGGAUUGAACUCACAACCCUGGGUUUAGGAGGCCAAUGCUCAAACAGUUGAGAGAGAGUUGGGAAGCAGGCCCAGCUCCUCUUACUGUUGUGCUUGUAACCAACUGCCCAACCUUGGUUUUGGAACAGGGGCGAGAGGCAAUCUUGUUUCAGGACAGAGAGGCAAAGCCAUUUGAUCUGUAUAUUCUCACAUAAGCAGAGAGGGGAGUGUGCUACAAACUUUGGAUCCGGAUUCUCAAACAGCCUGAAUGCCAAUCCUGGGGUUUGGUUGGGUCCACUUGCAAAACUUAGAUCCGGAGUCUGGGAGUAUUCAGCACGGGAGGUUUUGGUGCCUCAGGGGAUGAGCCCCAGCAAACCGCCAUAGAGUGGGGUGCAAAGCAGCCCUGUUUAACAGUAGUUGUCUUUUGAUGGAAGCUGCCACUAAUCUUUCUGAAACAGAAAAGCUGGUGGGCCAGGCUUGGCUGCCCUUGCUGAGGUCAUCUGCAAUCUCUGCCGAGCUCCACAGCUCUGCCACCUGGCUUUUUUCUGCGUUGUUCAAGUCACGGCAAAGCAGAGUUCUGGUGCCAUUCUGUUCUCCUACACCGCACCCUACCCUGUCACCUCCACGCUGCUUCCCUGCUGUCACAAAAUGCCUUGGGGAGUUGAGUCUCAUCAGCCACCCUCCUCCCAGAUUCCUGGUUCAGGGCUUGCGACGUUCUCCGCUUUGGAAGUAUCUAGACAUGUCCCCGUAGUAGGAUUGCCAACUGUCUCGUCACACAAACCCAAACAGCCCUGCCCUGAGGCCUCGCCCUGCUCACUCCAUUCCCAUCCCUCUGUUGCUUGCUCUCCCCCACCCUCACUCACUUUCACUG